UUUUCACUUUUGUUUGUAUUUUCAAUACCAAAAUCUCUCGCACCCACAAACCCAAAUUCCAGAAAAUGGAAAAGGGAAAGAAAGAAGCCUUAUCAGUCUUAUCAACGGCAGCCAACCCUAACCUAUGCCAAAUGAUGCCUAACCUUAAGCUGGUUCUGAACGCUAACUUCCCAUCCGAUGUGAUUUCAGACAUUCUGUACCAACUUCCUGUGAAAACUCUCGUACGGUUCAGAUGCGUAUCCAAACGUUGGUGUUCUCAAAUAGACGGUCCAGAUUUCAUCAAGCUACAGCUUAAGCACUCCCUAGCCACCCAAACAAAUCUCAACGUUAUUCUCAAGAAAUGGUAUUUGUACAUGGUGGAGUUCGAAUCGCUUCAAACCGCCAUAGAACUCAGCGCUCCAUUGAAAGUGAUCUGGGGUAUAACCGAAGUUUUUGGGUCAUGUAAUGGCUUGGUUGCUGUUUGUAAUUCUGAGAACGAAAUGGCUUUGUGGAAUCCAUCAACUAAGAAGUCACAGAGAUUGCCUUUUGAGCCGGUUGAGCACCCAGGUGGCGUUGAGCUUCGUCGUUUUGCGUUUUAUGGAUUUGGGCGCGACCCCAUUAGCGAGGAUUACAAGGUGGUGAGGAUGGUGCAAUUUGUUGCUCAAGAUGAUGAGGGAGAUCUUGUUGGUGAUGAUGAAGAUGGGUUUUUUUAUGCGGAGGUUAAAGUUUAUAGCUUGAAGAGUAAUUCAUGGAGGAAAAUCAACGACCUUCCUUAUUAUGUUCGUUUCCUAUUUCAACUUAAUUAUCUGCUUUUUUAUAGAAGAGGGUAUGGUGUAUAUGCUUGUGGUGCUGUGCAUUGGGUGGCAUCUGUAGGAUUUGGACUGUAUAUGAUUGUUGCUUUUGAUCUUGGGGUUGAGAAGUUUCAAAAUGUACCACUGCCUGGUGAGGUUGAUAAUGGUUUUGAAAUGGAUGUGGGGAUCUUGGAAGGAAGGCUCUGCGUGAUAUUGAAUUACAGGCAUGUCUAUGUUGAUAUAUGGGUAAUGAAAGAGUAUGGGGUGAAGGAAUCUUGGACCAAAUUAUUCAAGGUUUCUGCAGAUUCCAGUUUGAAAAGGCCUCUUGGACACAUUGUGCCUCUAGCUUAUUCCAAGAGUGGUGAUAAGGUCCUUUUGGCAGUGGAGAAGAGGAAGCUGUUUUGGUAUAAUAUUAGAAAGAGGAGAGCCGAGAAAGUGAGGAUUGAAGGGGCCCCAAAAUCAUUUGGUGCGGAUUUUUAUGUGGAAAGUCUUGUUCCUGUAGGUCGUGAUGGAAUGGAUCAGAGGAGGAGGCAGCAACCACAAGGGGAAAUGAAGAAAAGCUAUAGAAAGAGAACGGAUGAUUUCUUGUCAAAAGGCUUUAAACUGACUUUAUAAACAAAGGAUACAAAUAGGUGCAAAGUGAAGAGUGACAAGGUAGUAAACUUUUACCAUAAUACUUGAAUUGAGAAUUAGUUUCUUGAUGGUUAGUUUAUCAAAAUAUAAGGUGUUUUAGUAGAGCCAGAAUUAAGUUAUUUGAUACAGUAAAUACAUUGAUUCUCGGAGGACAGAUUCUUUCUUGUUUCCUGUUGUAGUACUUUUAAUACUAUGCUGUUAUCGUUUCUGAGUUUUCCCCCUCAGGAUUGAAAAAUGUAGCAGCUGAUUGUUGGGGCACUUUUAUGAAUGACUGAAAUCAAAACUAGCCAUUAAUGAACUUCACAUUUUUUCCAUCUUGCAAGAAUUUUGAAUCUUUGAUUGGAACUGAGUGUUCUUUGUCAAUUUGAUGAACUACGUCUGUGAUGAAAUUUUGGUUUGAAAUAGAUGCACCUGGUGGUUUUUGACCCAGGUCCACACCCUCAAUUUGUGAACAGCUUUUACUCAAAAGAGUUUAUAGAACUCUCAAACUGCAUACUUCUGAUGAUUGUAGAAUCUCUCAUGAAUGAUAAUAUGGUGUCAUAUUCAUGUCCUGUUUACUGUUUAGCUCAAGGUUUCAUUCUGUCUCUCAUGCUCUAUGUUUACACAAGUGAUAACUGAUCAAUUGCUUGUGUAACAGUCACGAGCUGGUGUGAAACAGUCUCAAGGAGGCAAGUGAGUGGUGUUCUACUUUACAUUUUAAUUUAUGUUGCUGAACAGUUACCAUAGUUAUGCACCCUCUCAGUCUACUUCCCUUGGAAGUUGGGGGAUAGCUACAGGUGAAUUUUGAGAUUAUACACAAAAAAGAUUCAUUGUCUAAUCAUGGUUUUUAAGCUAUGGAUCUUCAGUGAACUUCUAACUCUGCCUGAACUAUUACUUCUAACGUAUAUUUGGUAAAAAUUUGUUAUCUUUGCCUAGAAAUAUUUUGAAUAUUAGCCUCUCUUUUUUUAGAUUAAUACUAAAGCCACAAAAUAUCUUACAACAUUUUUUACAAAUUGUUGUUGUGGCUAACUCUUUACUGGUUUUCAUCUAAGUUCACUAUUAACAUCAUUUUUUUUUUCAUUUAUCAAUAACCACUAACUGCAUGAACAGUUUGUAAAUUUUCUUGUAAAGAAGUUUUUAUCUUUAGCAUUACUCUUCGAUUUAUCAUUAUUAUUUUCCAAAGCAAUAUAUGAGGAAUAAAAGCUAGAUAUAGUUUCUGUCCCAAAGUUUGGAGAAGCUAUAAGAUGCAACAGAAAAUAAGAAUCUUAUUUGAUAGAAAUUUUCAAUUGCAUGAUGUCUAAUGCUUGUUGAUGUAGCAAUUUUUCUAAUCAUCAAUUUUGUUGCUGUAGAUAAGACAAAAGGAGUUGUCAUCUUGGGACCUGGUACGGCUUAUGUUUUCAUAGAAAUCAAGACUCUUCUCUUGCUUAAAGGUUGAACCUUAUGUUCCUCAAAAAGAACAAAAAAAGGAUGAACUUUUAUGGUUUUUUGCCCCCCAGGAUUUUGUUACUAUAAAGUGGAUUUAUAUUUUACUUCUUUUUGAGAGAUCCAGUUAGCUCAUGGUAAAAUAUAUUUUACCUAAAUAAGAGAUUUGGGUAAAAAUCUCGUUUAUAUCGAAAAUCGAUCAAUGACUUUGCUCGAGGAUAAAAAGCAAUAGAACAGACUUGAUCCUAUUGUUUUACAUGUUCUAGUUUCUGAAUUUAUUUGGCUGCUUUGAUUAUGCCCAAGGGAUGCAACAGACGAAGUUUCCUAGAAUUAGCCUCCCACAUGCCCUUGUACAGAGAAAGAGGGGAGGAAUCUAACAGGAUACAACAAUAUAAUGCUCGCAAGUUUAGAAGAAAAAAGCUGCAGAUUUACCUAUUAUCCUGUCAAAAGAAAAUUUGGAAGGAAAUACAUACCAUCAAUUUGCUAAUAUUCACCAGCUAGCAAGCACCUGCCAUUGCCAAUCAAAAGUGGUGAACCAUUUCACUGUGAAAGUUGUAAGCUCUCCUCUUUCUAAACAAGCAUGUUAUGAAAAGAGUAGACACUUAGAUCUAUGACAGCUCGACUGGUAUGAGAACUUUGCUAGACCACAUGUUAUCAGCAGGACAGAAUAAUUUCGAUUUGGCUUGACUAGUUGACUUACGUAGAGAGUCCUAGCGAUUUGUUUUUUUAAAACACUGAAAAAGGUCCUACAAAUAGAAUAUUCUUUCUUUUUUCUCCGAUGCUAUUUCUGUAUUCUACGUGACCGAUGGUUGUGCAUCACUUCUGAAGAAUUAGAUCACUCACAGAGUGGUUGAUUAAUAGAAAAAUAUUUAAAAUUUAUACAAUUUUGUCUAAAUAUAACUCAUACUAGUUGGUGUAUAAUUGCAUAAAUUUACAUUAAUACUAUUCAUUUUGUAUUUAGUUUUU